CCCCUCUCCUCCCCCGGCGGGCUCGGCGGAGCAUUGUACUCACAUCCGGGGCUGGGUUUUGCUUUAAUGCGAAACGUAAUUAACCCGGAAAAAAGAGCCGAGAGACAAGAGAGAAGGAGGGGUGGGGGUGGGGGGAGAAGAGCGAGAGGAGCGAGAGGCACCGAGAGUUUGGCAGCGAGAUAAAGAAAUCCCCCGAGAGCGACGGCCGGCCGGAGCGGUGCGUCCCACCCUGAUGUAAACCACCCUGCCCGAGCCCCGGCCGCCGCACGGCAGGCGGCGAAACUUCUCUGCGGGUUCUGGCGCUGGAGCACCGGCCUCGCAACGACUGCCCGGGCUGCGGGUAGGGGAGGAAAGCGGAGAACGUCCCAGGGUGAUGUGAGCAGAGCCCAGGAAUGCCUUAUGUGGAUCGACAGAACCGAAUCUGUGGGUUUCUGGACAUCGAGGAGAAUGAGAACAGCGGCAAGUUUCUGCGGAGGUACUUUAUUCUGGACACCCAGGCCAACUGCCUUCUCUGGUACAUGGACAACCCCCAGAAAAGAAAGUGGAGGCUUAGUGGUUCAGGAACGUAUUCACUGUCAAAUAGUGGAGCUCACACUUUUCACCACUGUCCUAGAACACAGCCCUCUGUGAACCUGGCAAUUGGGGCAGGAGCUGUUGGAUCUUUGCAGCUGACCUACAUCUCGAAGGUGAGCGUAGCUACACCAAAGCAGAAACCAAAAACUCCGUUUUGCUUCGUCAUCAAUGCCCUCUCUCAGAGGUAUUUCCUUCAAGCUAAUGACCAGAAAGAUCUGAAGGACUGGGUUGAAGCCUUGAACCAAGCCAGCAAAAUCACCGUGCCCAAAGUUGGGAGCCUGCCCCUGACUACCGAGGUUCUGAAAAGCCUAGCAGCUCCUCCAGCCCUAGAGAAGAAGCCGCAGGUGGCCUACAAGACCGAGAUCAUCGGAGGGGUGGUGGUACACACGCCCAUCAACCAGAACGGUGGGGAUGGGCAGGAAGGGAGUGAACCCGGGUCCCACGCCAUCCUUCGAAGGUCUCAGAGUUACAUCCCCACGACAGGCAGCCAUGUUCCUUCUGGGCCCCACUUCAUUAAGAGUGGCUACUGCGUGAAGCAAGGGAAUGUGCGGAAGAGCUGGAAACGUCGCUUCUUUGCACUUGAUGACUUUACUCUCUGCUACUUCAAGUGUGAACAGGACCGAGAACCACUGCGCACUAUAUUUCUCAAGGAUGUUCUUAAGACCCAUGAGUGUCUGGUCAAAUCUGGUGAUCUCUUAAUGAGGGACAACCUGUUUGAAAUCAUAACAAGCUCCAGGACCUUCUACAUACAGGCGGACAGUCCAGAAGACAUGCACAGCUGGAUUAAGGAGAUCAGGGCAGCUGUCCAGGCCCUCAAAUGCCACCCCAGAGAUAUGUCCUUUUCUAGAUCCAUCUCUUUGACUCGCUCUGGAAGCUCCAGCCUGUCAGGUGGGCCCAACUCUGCCUUGUGCAGGGGGCGGCCAGCUGUGGAAGAGAAAAAAGCCCUCUGCAAAGCCCCCUCUGUGGCUUCCUCCUGGCAACCCUGGACACCUGUCCCCCAGGCCGGGGACAAGCUGCUUCCAGCUGAAGAGACUCCUGGGGACUCCUUGUUCAUGCCUCGACCUGGGGAGAGCAGUACUUCUGGGGUGUUGCCCAGCUCCCGGAUAAGGCACAGAUCAGAGCCCCAGCACCCCAAGGAGAAGCCAUUUCUGUUCAGCCUUGAUGAUGAGAGCAUACGAACUUCUGACGUGUGAUAGGGCACGGUACCCUGGGAGGGGGGAGGACUCAAGAAAAGGAGGCCAUGACUCAGUUUCCCUACCUUUUGGAAGGUGGUCAGAGACCCUUUGGCACUCAUAUUCCUGUGGAUGCUCUGUGGGGAGGGCCCAUUUGGUUGUUUUUUUUUUUUUUUUUUUUUAAAUAUAAUACAGCGUAUUUGACUUGGAAAAUCACGAGGUUAGACCUGUAGGCAUGCUCAGUGGAGAGCAGGUUGCCUCUCAUUUGACCACUCCAAGGUCUUCCUGGUGAGAGGAGGUUUAGUAGUGCAGUUUCAUCCCAACCAAGUUUUAUUUCCGUGUCCUAGUUAUAGUUUCUUCCUUUGGUUUCCAGGCCGGGCACAGAGUCUUGGGCAGUCAUCUGGGUUAUCCUAUUCCUGUUUAUUGGCUGAGGUCUAAGAGUGAAGUAGGAGUAGGUAACUGACUCAGCUGAAAGCAGCAGACCUAGGCUCUGGCUUGGCUGGGAUACAUUCUGAGGGGAGGUGUUACGAUCUGGGGGCUGGCAGGUAGCUCUCAGAAUGUCCACUAAGGUGGAUCCUCCCAGGGGAGAAUCUUCCACUGGGGAAGAAAUAGGGAUCUCUUGUAAGGUAUGGGGAAAGAUUCAACCUCAGUGCAUCAGCCAGUUUGGGGAAUUAUUCUGUUCUUGUCUACGACCCCAAAUAAUGUCAACGUGAGUGAUAGACCUGCCCAUCCAGUUUCUGUGUCAGGCCCCGAGGAUGGGUUUAUCAGUGUUAAAAGUUACGACUGUUGAGAAUAGGGCAGACAUUUCCACUGAAGUGGCGUUAUUUGGAAGUUUCGAGGGUUGAUAAGUGUAUGAUAAUUCACUUGUGUGAUAGAUCGGAUCUCUGUUUUAGAGUGUUAGAAUUGUUUUGAAGCAGGUGCUGGGAAAACGUGGAUUAUAGUUCAUCCAGAUAAACUUUUCUGAUCCGUGUUUUCCAGACAGAAGAAAAGGUCUGUUUUAGCACAGAUGGAUUUCUUGAAUCCUUACUUCACAGCUCUCUUCAAUGGGCUGAUAUUAGUCUAAUUUUAAGUGCUGUAUAUUAUAUACCCUGGCAGAUUUGCUUUCUUUCUAACUUUUUCUGUUGCCCUUUGAAUGAAGCCUUGUGUACUUGCAUGAUCACACCUUGUAAUAUGAUAAGGUUCCAUGUACUUAACAGUGAAGAGAUACAAGGAUAA